ACCAAACUCACUUGUGUGUGUCUCUCGUCUCUCGACUCGGUGCAUCAGGCUUUUUUAAAAAUCAUUUUCGGAAGCUCAACGUUUCUUAGCUUGCAGUAAACGUUCCUUUUCAAAAUAGAGUUAAGAUAUUUGCUGAUCAGAAAUGGAAAUCAUCAAGAAAACAAAAUUCCUGACGAUGGUUUGCCUUAUUCUCCUUGUAACGGGGCAAGGUGCUGAUGCAUUCUUUAAGGAAGUAAUCGGUGGCAUUAUCGGCGUCGGAGCAGCAACAGUCGCUCUACCCGCCGCUUUAGGAGCGGUUGGAUUUACCGCAGCGGGUAUUACAGCCGGCUCCUGUGCCGCAAGUAUGAUGUCAGCAUCAGCGAUAGCAUCGGGCGGAGGGGUUGCUGCAGGAAGCACGGUAGCGGUGCUGCAGUCAGUUGGAGCCGCUGGACUGUCAUCGGGGGGUUUAGCCGCAGCAGGCAUUGCCGGUGCCGCUGUUGGCAGGCACUAUGAACAUAGGCGGCGGAAGAGGGGGGGACGUUUCUCCCCCUAAAUUUGAGGUAGUGGGGACGAUCCCCCCUAAAAUU